GACUGGGUGAGGCAAUGUCUUUGGCACCUGUUGCCAUGACUCCUCCUCAGUCUCCCUUGCCAGAGGGAAGGAGGCUGGCCUGGGGCGGGUCGUCCGGGAGCCUCCGCCCCCUCAGCCUUUGCUGGGCGCGAGCUGCCUGGUAGUUCACAGCGGGGCAGUCGUAGCUUCGGGAAGGGUACUCGAAGGGAGAGGCGGGCGCCAGGCUCUGCGGCAGAGGAAAGUGACUGGCUGCCCUUCGUUGUCACCCAGGGACGAAGACACAGCCACCCUUCUACCCGGCUGCCCACGAUCACUUGGCGGCGGAGAUGUCUGCUGCCAGCGGCCGAGGCCUGCGGGCCACCUACCACCGGCUCCUCGACAAAGUGGAGCUGAUACUGCCGGAGAAAUUGAGGCCGUUGUACAACCACCCAGCAGGCCCCCGAACAGUUUUUUUCUGGGCUCCACUUAUGAAAUGGGGAUUGGUGGGUGCUGGAUUGGCUGAUAUGGCCAGACCUGCAGAAAAACUCAGCACAGCUCAGUCUGGUGUUUUGAUGGCUACAGGGUUUAUUUGGUCAAGAUACUCACUUGUAAUUAUUCCCAAAAACUGGAGUCUGUUUGCUGUUAAUUUCUUUGUGGGGGCAGCAGGAACCUCUCAACUUUUUCGAAUUUGGAGAUAUAAACAAGAACUAAAAGCUAAAGCAAACCAAUAAAAGAAUUCCUGAUCACCUGAACAUUCUAGAUGUGAACAUAACCACUGGGACCUAGUUUAUUGUUUGAUGAUUGAUAAGGCAAUGUUAACUAUGGUGACAUUUGGAAGGCACCAAAAAAAUCUAACUGUAACUUGUAGCUAGUGCUUGAUUCAACAGAAAAAUAAAGUGAACUUUUAAUAAACA